GUGUCAGGAAUCGCGAUUGGUAGGCUAGCGUUAUUUUAUUACGUGUCAUGUACGCAAAUCUGCUUUUCGUAGUGGCUUGAGAAUCCCAAAACAAGCUUCUAUAGUUGUUUAAUAUCCAGUUAUUUUAAUUAUUAAGGAAGAAAAUGCGCCAGUUGAAGGGGAAGACGAAAGAAACGAAUAAACAGAAGAAAGAAAGGAAAAAGGAGUUCCUGGAGAACAAACAGCGUGUCUUCACGAUCGUGUUACCAACGAUUGCUGCGAUAUUUGUUUUAAUAGCAGCGUACGUUUACGUUAAAACCCCCAAAGAGAUACAAUACGUGACAUGUGGUUCUACAUUGAAAUUAAUGAACGUAGAAUACAAAGUGAGAUUACAUUCUCAUGACAUAAAGUACGGUAGUGGCAGUGGCCAGCAAGCAGUAACAGGUACUUCGUCAAAGGAAGAUGGAAAUUCUUAUUGGCUUAUAAAAGCAGGAACCAAAAAACAAUGCACAAGAGGUGAACUGGUUAAGUGUGGGGAUAUUAUAAGAUUAGAGCAUAUAGCAACAAAGAAAAAUCUUCACUCUCAUCUCGUCAGUUCACCGCUCAGUGGAAAGCAAGAGAUAUCUGCGUAUGGUGAUAGUCAAGGUGAAGGUGAUACUGGAGACAAUUGGCUCUUAGAGUGUAAUACUGAAUUUUGGAACAGAAACGAACCAGUCAUAUUGAAGCACGUAGAUACACACACAUAUUUAGGAGUAAGUGGGCGAGUCUAUGGGAAUCCAAUUCCUGGUCAGGCCGAGGUAAUAGGUGAAUAUUCUUCUGACUCUUUACCUCAUGUUCAGUGGGUGACGGCUGAGGGGGUAUUCAUUCAUCCCAACGAUUUUAAAGCUCUACAUCAUGCUCACACAGAAUUAUAGAACUUUUAUGAAUAUAGGUAUAACAUUUCUAUGAUAAUUCAAAGUAAUUGGAAAUGUAAUGAAAGCUAAUUCCAAUUGUUUUCAUUACAAUCUUUAUUAUUACACAUGUAAUAUAGAAAUAUGAGAACGGUCUUUUCGUGAACACGAAGACUGUAGUAUGAUUUGUGAAAAUGUGUUUUAAAUACAUAAUAUUUAUUAUAAUACAAUAUAAUUUAUAAUAAACAAAGAACGCGUACUUCAUGUGUCCGAUCAAGUAUAAAACGUA